UACCAGACCUAAAGAACAUAUUUCAAUUUUGUAAACAGAACUCCACUGAGCAGAGAGGAGCCGUGCAACGGAUCCUUACCGAGAGCCUCGUGUGGUGGCGAUCUGGGUGAAUAUCAACGGCGGCGCGGCAGGGUUCAACGGUGGUGGGAAUUUUGAGAGAGAGAAAGACAGAGGGCGAGAGUGUCUCGCGUUGAGAGAGAGAAAGAGUCGAGGGAACUCACAAUCCUGCAACACGGAGGAGCAGCGGCAGAGGAGGUGGUUGCUCUGUUUUUUUUUUAUUUUUAAUGUGUGGGGUGAAACAGAGGGUUUUGGUUUGGUUUACGGUGGUUUGCACCAGUCCGUGGGGCAGAUCACGGUGGCUGGAUUUGUUGGUAUUGGGUCUUCAAGCAGUGGCCACUGGUUGUUUGGUUUCGGCGUGAGAGGGUGGAGUUCGAUCCUUUGUAACCUGGGUUACUGCCGAUCGAUGGAUAGGCUGAGGUGGGGCUUGGGAAACAAGAUUCACAGAGAAGAAGGAAGAGAGUUCGGCUGGAAGAAAUGAUAUCUAGAGGGCUGUUGGGCAAAUAAGAAACAGAGAGGUAAGAGGAAAAACAAGAAGAGAAACUGAUUGAGGGAGAGGAAGAAACCGAGAUGUGUAGAGAGAGCAAAGUGAGAGAAUAAGAUUGUGAGAUGUGUCAUAUUGUGCUCGUUGUGUCUGACCAGAAUAACGAAUGGCCCCUGUUUGUUAAAACCAAUUAUUGGGCAUGUCUUGUUUGAGAAAAGUCUCAGCUGGGAGUAACAUAGAGAUAGGAGAAUAUCAUAGCUAAUCGUGCAUGAGAAUGAGGACCCACAUCAUCAAUUUCAUAACCAAACACCCCCACCAGCCUUCCAUGGGUGUCCGGUCGAAAGUGACCUCUUCCCAGUAUGUAGCAUCAAGAGCUAGAGACCCUGUGUUUGAGAAACUGAUGGACAAGUACAAACACCUUGUCAAAGUGAUUGCCAUCCAAGACCUCAUCCUUGCAAACCCAAAGAACCAAUGUGUAUCUCUUGACUUCUUGUCCAGGCUCUCCCAAAGGCUCCACCUCAACCGCGGUGCUGCUGCCUUCCUACGCAAAUGUCCUCACAUUUUCCACAUUUUCUAUAAUCCCACCAAGUCCCAUCCCUUCUGUAGAUUAACCGAUACUGCUUUUGAUAUCUCGUGCCUUGAAGCAGAGGUUAUUAAUGCUUCAUUGCCACUUGUUGUUGACCGUUUGUUACGGCUUCUGUCAAUGUGCCAAUCCAAAAUGUUGCCACUUCGUGCCAUUUUCAAAGUUUGGAGGGAACUUGGCCUUCCUGAUGAUUUUGAGGAUUCGGUGAUAGCUCGAAACUCUCAUCUUUUUCAGCUUUGUGAUGCUCAUGAACCCGGUACGCAUAUCUUGAAACUGGCCGAUGUGAGUCCUAGUUGUCGCUAUAUGGCAGCAGUUGAGAAUUGGAGGGUUGGGGAAUGUUGUAAGCAGGACUGCAGCGUUGAUAGGAUGGAAAUGAGAUAUAGCUUUAAACAUGGGUACCCUCCAGGUAUGAAGUUGAGCAAGAAUUUUAGGGCCAAGGUUAAACAAUGGCAGAGACUGCCUUAUGUGGGACCAUACGAGGAGAUGGGAGAGGAAAGGGCUAAGGCUGGAAUGAUGACACUGGAGAAACGGGCUGUUGCAAUCGUUCAUGAAUUCUUGAGCUUGACAGUGGAGAAGAUGGUGGAAGUGGAGAAGAUCAGCCAUUUUAGGAAUUGGUUUGGGAUUGACUUAAAUAUUAGGGAUUUAUUCUUGGAUCAUCCGGGAAUAUUUUAUUUGUCCACCAAGGGAAAGAGACAUACUGUCUUUUUGAGAGAAGCAUAUGAGAGGGGAUGUUUGAUUGAACGAAAUCCAGUUUAUAAUGCCAGAAGAAUGCUUCUUGAUCUUGUUGCCUUGGGAAGGCGUGGUUUGUUUACUGAUGAAUGAAGCCAAGUACAUUAUUGGUUGCACUUCAAGGAGGCUGAGUUGCAGAAAGAGGACAUGACACCAAGAUUAUGACUUUUGAGUAUCCUGACUAAAGCCUUUCAACUUCCAGUACCAGUACUCCAAUUCAUAGCUUCACCAUGGUUUCUUUUACCACAUUCAGCGCAGCUCCCUCGAGAAUUAUCUCCUGCAGGUUUAGCUGGUUGCACAAGAUGACAGCCUUUAAAGCAGCAACUGCCUCAGCUAGCAUUGCAUCAAGAAACAAGUCUCUCCAAGAUCUGAGGGUGGCUAUCACUUUGCCAUUCCAGGCUCUCACUACCACCCCUAUGCCCACUCUGCAGUGUACUCUAUCCACUGCUGCAUCUGAAUUGGCUUUGUACAUAUUCAAAGGAGGAGCUGUUCACUUUUGAGCCACAAUCCCUUCUGGUCUCUCCUUACUACUUUGCUUGCUGUUUGCUUCCUUUAAGUCAAGUGAUAACUGGGUAGCAUAUUGCACCACUCUCUUUGGUGCUUCGAACUUCCCUUCAAAGACAUACAGGUUUCUUCUCUUCCAAAGUUGGUAAACUAUAGAAGCAAAGAUAACCAUUUCAUCCUCAUCAAGAGCAGAGAUCAAGUGGCAUACUAUUUCUUUGAAGCUUGAUUCUGAAACACUCUCCUUUUGUAAUUUCCUUGACUUGACUCCCCAUACAUCUUGAUCUGAUGAGCAAGACCACAAUGCAUGUGUACUCGUUUCUGGCUCUCUUUUACACAGGGCAUAGUGGAGAAUCCCUUAUCUCCCUUCUACUCAAGUUCUGGCGUGUGGGCAAGGACUCAUGAUAGGCUAUCUAGAGUAGCAUUUUGGUUGUAUUGAGCACAUUUAGCUUCCAUAACUUGGACCAUAUUUCACUAUUCCUUGAACUGUUAGAGGAUUGACCCUUUGAACACAACUUCAUCUCACUAAGUAGGUGGUAGGCACACUUAACAGUGAACAUUCCAUCCUUUGUGUGUCUCCGUACCAAUUUGUCUGAGCAACUGCUCAAGCUUAUAGGGAUUUUACUUAUAGUGGCUAAUUCAUUUUCUACAAAAAUCUCUCUCAACACAAACAUGUUCCAUGCCUUGUUUUGUUUAUGAAUCAGCUCACUCACCUGCCAACUUGCAUGCCUGUCAGUUAAGGGGGAUUGAAUCUUAGAAGUGGAAGGUUGAGGAAUCCAUUUGUCUGUUCCUAUGUACACUAAGUCCCUAUUUCCUAUCCUUCAAACCAGGGCUUCUUCCAAAAUUGGCUUAGCCUCCAUAAAACUCCUCCAAAGGUAAGAAUCAUUACUACCCACAGAUUUUGACUGGCUAAUUAUUUUUCAAUGGAUCCAUGGAGUCUUUGUCUUGUCUCCUCUGCUUCCCUACCAAAAAUAUUGCAUUUGUAUUGUCUCUGUGACUUAUAUC